CUCCCUUGUGGGCGUGGCCUCACCGUGCCCCGCGAGUCCGGGAAGUGACGUCACGCUCGGGCGCGACGCCGUCGCCAUCAUGGCGGGCAGGGGGGCCUCACGCGUCCCGGAGCGGUGGACCGACUACAUCCCGCUGGGCUGCAGGAUGCCGGGCACGCGCUUCAUCGCCUUCAAGGUGCCCCUGAAGAAGAGUUUUGAGCAGAACCUCCUGCCAGAAGAGAGAUUUUCCCCCCAUGACCUCAUCAGGAAGGUCAAGGAGCGGAAGGAGGAGCUGGGGCUGAUCAUCGACCUGACGUACACCACGCGCUACUACGGCCGCGAGGAGCUGCCCCCCACACUGAGGUACUCGAAGAUCCUGACCAUGGGACGUGAGAUCCCAAACAGAAGAACCAUUCUGAGGUUUAAUUACCUGGUGAAAAAGUUCCUGACAGACAACAAAGACAAUGAUAAACUCAUCGGGGUGCACUGCACACAUGGCUUGAACAGGACUGGCUACUUGGUCUGCAGGUACCUGAUUGAUGUUGAAGGCAUGGAGCCAAAUGCUGCCAUAGAGUUGUUCAACAAGUCUCGAGGGCAUCCCAUGGAGAGACCAAACUACAUCCAGGAUCUGCAGAGGAGAGCCCUGAAAAACUGUGAGCUGAAGAAUUUGGGCUCGGACCUCUCCAGGAAAAAAGGCAGCGCCCCAGGCAAGCCCCAGAAGCAGCUGGUGAAGCAGCAGCCACCCCUGGCAGUGCCCAGGAGCCCCGGCAGCUCCAGGAAGAAGCAGCAGCCUGGUCCCACGGCUCAGGGACAGCCCCAGGAGCUGGGCCACAGGAACAGGGCCCUGGGGCAGGGACAGCUGGAGCAGAAACAGCGGCAGGAUCAUCUGGAGCAGAGGCAGCAGAAGAAGCUGGAGCAGAAGCAGCGGAAUCAUCUGGAACAAGGGCAGAAGAAGCUGGAACAGAGGCAGCAGAGUUUCCUGGAGCAGAAUUUCCCGGAGCAGAGGCAGCAGAAUCAUCUGGAGCAGAAUCAUCUGGAACAAAGGCAGAAGAAGCUGGAGCAGAGGAAGCAGAGGCAGCAGAAUCACCUGGAGCAGAGUUACCUGGAGCAGAAUCACCUGGAUCAGAGGAAGCAGAAUCACCUGGAGCAGAGGAAGCAGAGUUUCCUGAAGCAGAAUCACCUGGAGCAGAAUCACCUGGAUCAGAGUUUCCCAGAGCAGAAUCACCUGGAGCAGAGGAAGAAGAAUCACCUGGAGCAGAGGAAGCAGGGUUACCUGGAUCAGAGUUUCCUGGAGCACACACCACCCUCCCCUUUCCCCCCCAAGAACUUUUGCCUUUCCCCACCCCUCAAGAAGCAGCACAAGGAGCUGUUCCCCACGCAGAUCCCUCAUCCCUGGCCGCCCCAGGAGCCCUCACCUGCCAGGAAACGCCGGCGCAGGAAACACAAACCGCGACAACAAGAAAUAUCCUGA